CCUCCACCGCGCCCUUCCCCCGCCCGCACCUUGGCCCGAUGUCGCGCGCGUCGUUCGACUCGCGCUCGCCGUCGGAGAGCGACGCCGCCGCAGCGGGCUCGCAGGCGCCAUCUCCGGUGGCGGCACGGGGCAGCUCGCCGUCGGCAUACACGUCGCGCGCCCUGGCCCGCCUCGCGGGCAUGGCGCCGUCGGCCGCGGCCGCGCGCGCCACGGCGUACGCCAUCGAGCCCGUCGGCGCGAUCCCGCACGCGGCGCAUGUGCACGCGCUCGCGCUCUCCGCCGACGGCACGACGCUGCUGAGCGGCGGCGCGGACGGCCACGUGCGCAGGUACGACGCCAACGCGAGCCUGAACAGCAAGAACCCGCUCACGCUGAGCGUGCGGCAUGCGUUCGUCGAGGGCGUGACGCGCGGCGGCGUGCUGAGUGCGUGGUGGGCCAACGAGGAGCUUCCGCUGGUCAAGGGCGAAGAGGAGGAGCGCCUCGUGUCGCCCGUGCACAGCCUCGCGAUCCAGCGCGACGCGCUGUGGGGCCUCAGCGGCUGCGAGGUGCGUGCGAGCCAGGUAGUGGUGGCUGUUGCUCACGCCGCGCAGUCCGGCAACAUCAACCUCACGUCCAUCCGCCACGACCCCGGCGCCACGCGCCACGUGCUCCGCAGGCACACGGCAGCCGUGUCGGUCCUGACGCUGUGCAACAACGACGCGACGCUGGUCUCGGGCGGCUGGGACCGCGCCGUGCACCAAUGGGACCUGCACACCGGCCAGGUCGUGCGCUCGUUCGACGGCCACGCCGGGCAGGUCUCGACGCUCGCCUUCCGCCCUGCCGGCGCCGCGUCUCUGAGCGGCAGCGCACGCGCGUCGUCGUCCCGCAGCGACUCGCAAGGACGCGCGUCGUCCCUGCGGCGCACACGCGGCGCGAGCCACGACUCGGAGAGCUCGAGCAGGAAAGCAGGCUCCGCGAGGCGCACGCCGUCGCCCGAGAAGCGCCAGCCAAAGCGCGAAGCGUCUGAGCGCCCAGAAGAGCAGCCCGCCGCCUCGCCAGCAGAGCCGCCAGACGUGACCAUGGCCGAGGAGCUGCCGCGCGCGACACUGCAGCGGCCAUUCCCCGCCGACACGACGAUGGACGACGCGUCGCACGCCGACUCGGACGCCGACUCGCUGUUCGGGGGCGCAAGCCCGGACCUCGAGGCCCUCACAAAUCCACAGAUGUCCGCCAGCGCCAGCGUCGGGCAGAGCCUCGGCGCAUCCGGCGCCAUGCCCGACGACCUCGCCGCCGACGAGCAGGACGCCGAGGGCGAGGAAGACGCCGAGGGCGAAGAGGACGACGACCAGCCGCUCGCCUCGCUCGCCGUCAAGACGCCGCUGCAGACGAGCAUCGAGCUGCCCGGCGCGCUGCGGCUGCCGCUGCCGGGCAGCGCACCGCCUGCGCCAGUGACCACGACGCCGAGCGCUGCACCAAAGGCGGUGGUCAAGCGCUUCGGCGGCCUGACGGGGACCGACGGCUUCGACGGCGACAUCAGCACGUUCAGCAAGGACAUCCUGCUGAGCACGACGCUCGGCGGGCAGGUGACGCUGUGGGACUGCCGCAUCCCACCAGCCGCUGCCUGCGGCGUGCGUGCCCUGGCGCUGCCCGACCGCACGCCGCCGUGGUGCGCCUCUGCGUGCUGGUCGAGCGACGGCAACCGCAUCUACGUCGGGCGCCGCAACGAGACGGUCGAGGAGUGGGACCUGCGCAUGCUGCCCGACGCCGGCUCGACGGCGGCCGGCCGCGCGCAGCCGCGCAUCUCGCGCACGCUGCGCUUCCCCGCCGAGAGCGGGCCCGUCAGCUCCGUCGUGGCGAUGCCCAACGGGCGGCACCUGGUGUGUGCCUCGCAGGACAACAUCCGCCUCUGGAACGUCGACGUGCCGGCCGACCGGCUGCCGUUCCGCAUCAUCGCCGGGCACCACGGCGGCACGAUAUCGCAGAUGCUCAUCGACCCGGCAUGCCGCUUCCUCGUCACCGCGUCGGGCGACCGCGGCUGGCUGUCGACGAGCACCGAGGCGGUGCUGCUGCAUGAAAUCACACCGCUGUGAUGCCUCGCGCGUGACACAGCAGGCCGAGCGUGUUCUGGCACGGGAAAUCGCGUCCGCAUUACUUUUUCGAUGCCUUGUGGAGCGAGUUGUAGUGCUGCGGGUGCGGUGCAUGAGCCACGACUGCCAGGCCUGUCGCUGCGGGCCGCUCACCUCGCCCAGCCCGUACAUCUUGCGGUGGUAUCUGCGGCCAAGGUCAGGCGCUGAUGCCGGUGUCGC